CACAGGUGAGAGACACAGGUGAGAGCCACAGGUGAGAGCCACAGGUCUGAGCUGAAAACACGACCCAGACGAUGACGACACGCUCUGACCUCCAGGAGGCGUACGUCCAGGAGGGUUUCCUCUCCCCGCUGCCCGUCCUGACCCAGGAGGAGCUGAGCGACGCCAGACUCGCCUUCUCUCGACUCGAGGAGCAGUUUGGCGUUGAGUACACGAGCUACAGUCUCCAUAACGUCCACCUGAAGUACGACUGGGUCCUGGCUCUGACCCAACACCCUCGGGUCCUGGACGCGGUCAGGGCCGUCCUGGGGCCCGACGUGAUCCUGCUGGACUCGCGUUUCAUCUGUAAAUAUCCCGCGCUGGAACGUGACGGUGGCGAGGAGGAGGAGCUGCCGUAUGUGGCGUGGCAUCAGGACAUGAAGUACUGGGGCAUCGACGGAGGCCCAGUCCUGUCCGUGUGGCUCGCUCUGGACGACUCACUCCAGGACAAUGGUGCACUGCAGGUCAUACCAGGUACUCACCGCUCAGGCCUGCUCCCCCAUCGCUCGGCCGUACGUCCGGGGAACAUGCUGACCGUAAACCAGGAGAUCCCCGAGGAGCUGGUGCAGGCGGAGCGGGCCGUGCUGUGCCCCUUGUUAGCGGGCCAGAUGUCUGUUCACGACGGCCUCCUCGUACACGCCAGCGACCCCAACACGUCCCCAAACAGACGCUGCGGGUUUGUGAUCCGGUACGUGCCCACGUGUGCGUUCCCCAUCGAGGAUUCAGACCGACCCAGGAAGUUCAACGCCGCCGUGUUGGCCUGCGGCACAGAUCGCUUCAAUCAUUUCUCUAAAACAAGAUUAUAAUCUUUUCUGAUCUGUGUUUGACGUGUUUGUCCUUAUAUUUACUUUAAUGCAGAUGUAAAAGUUCAUUAAAGCUGCUGCUGUG